AUUUUUAUUCAGGCGUUAGUUGGGGCGACCAUCUCGCCGGUCUUGUUGCGGUCCUUCGCGUGGCACUGAGUAUUUUUAGUUGGAUGUUUCCGGAGGCUGGUCUCGUUGUGAGGCAGUAGAAUGAGCGGCUGGGCGGGUUUUUCUGAAGCGGAGCUGCGGAGAAUCCAGCAGAAAGACUCCGCUGGACCUCCUGCUGCUCCCCGCGGUAGGAAGCCUCCGACAUCCAGCCGGAGCCGGCAACAGAUGCAGCGGGAGAAAGCGCUCCAGUUAGCCGGCUCACAGACCCUGCUGCCGGGGCAACAACUCAGCAAACCACCGCUGACGAUGGAAGGUCAGCCUCCAGACCAGACAGGAGCUCCUUCUGCCGGACAGGAGAAGCAGCAGAAACCCGCUAACACGAAGCAGAAUAAGGAGCACCACCCGAAAGCAGAGGAGGAGAAAAAGGAGGAGAUACCGAUGGUGAAAGAGCUGGAGAAGCAGGAGGUGGAGAUGAGAGAAAAGACGCGUCUGGAGCAGCUGCAGCAGGAGCAGAAAGUCAUCGAGGAGAGGAACAAGCUGACCAAAGCCCUUCUGGCUAAAACGAUCGCUGAGAAGUCCAAACAGACCCAAGCCGAGGCGGUGAAGCUGAGGCGGAUCCAGAAGGAGCUGCAGGCGCUCGACGACAUGGUGUCCAACGACAUCGGCAUCCUGCGGGGCCGGAUAGAGCAGGCCAGCUGGGACUACAGCGCCGCCAGGAAGCGUUAUGAGAAGGCCGAGGCCGAGUACGUGGCGGCCAAGCUGGACCUGCACAGGAAGACGGAGGUGAAAGAGCAGCUGACCGAGCAUCUGUACGCCAUCAUCCAGCAGAACGAGCUGCGCAAAGCCUGCAAGCUGCAGCAGCUGAUGCAGGAGCUGCAGCUGCAGGAGGAGCUGCAGCAGCAUGAGGAGCUGCAGCAGCAGGAGGAGCUGCAGCAACAGGAGGCGCCGCAUCAGGAGCAGGAGGAGCGGGACAGAGCCGCCGCAGCAGAGCCUCAGAGGAACGGCAGCGGUGAGGCGGCAGCGCCAUCAGCCCUCGGCGGCGCAGAGACGCUCCAGCAGGAGGCGCUGGACCAACUGAACACAGAACCAGACUGUAAACUGUCAGAAAACUGUGACACGUCUCGACCUUUGACCUCCUGACGCUCAGAGCCGAGGAUCUUCAUCUCACUGGUGUCUUCCUCAUGUGGCUCCAUCACCAGAACCAGCUGAAGCUCUGAUCGCGGUUCAGAACCGGGUUUUAUUCUGUGUUGACCUCUGCUGCAGCGCCCCCUUCAGGCAGGGCAGGUUUACCUGGAGGACUCCAGGUUGUUUCAGGAAACUUCGGGAUGUUUUCUGUUUGGGUCACUUUAUAAAAACUGACCGAGUAUUUCUAGUUCAGAUGUUUUAGUUCACCUGAAAUAAAAUGAAACUAACAAGUAACUUUUCACUACUAACAAAAGUUUAAGUUGAUAAUUCCUUAAUAUUGGUGAAAAAGUUCUAGUUCCACUUUAUUUCACUUAGAAUGGAAAAAUGUCUCGCUAUAAAUAAAAUGAGAACUAGAACUGUUUAUUAAUAUUAAGGAAUUAUUGAUUUAUAAUAAGCUGCUUCUUGCUGAAAAGCUACUUUGUUUUUAAGUGUACUAAGAUAUUUGUUCUGGAAACUGGAACAAACGAGUUUUGUUUUUUUACAGUGCAGAUUUAAUGUAACAGGCAGUUUGUUCCAAACUCUUAAAUAUAUUUUAAAUAAUAUAAAACAAUCCGAUAAAUAUCCAUUUUUACUGUAGUAAACUUUUUUUUUUUUUUUUUUUUGCAGUUUUAUCAAUUUUUUCUAGAAGAACUUUAAACAGAUUCUUUGUUUUUCGGUAAAAAUGAUCAGAACAUUUCCAGAUUACAGGUCAGACUUGUGGACGCUCAGGUAAACGUGAUGGUUGCCAUGGCGACGCGUGGUUCUGGUUCUGUCGGCUGAUUCUCUGUCAUGAAAACACAUGAAAACCAUUUUCCUUUAAUAAACGGUUGAACUGUG